CUGAAGUGGUCAAAGUCCAGAGAGCUGAGGGCCCAGCGUGGAUGACCAGCAAGGAGGACAUCUCUGUGCAACCCUCCCCUGGAGCCCGACUGCCCCACUGAGAGGAUGAAGGUCUCUGUGGCUGCCCUCUUUCUCUUCAUCCUCAUCCUCACCAUUACUUCUGCUGUUCACAGCCAGCCAAAAAUCCCUGAGUCGGUGAACGCUUCACCCACCUGCUGCCUGAAGUAUAAUGAGAAAGUACUGCCGAGAAAAGUGGUGGUGGGAUACAGAAAGGCCCUCAACUGUUACCUGCCAGCAAUCAUCUUCAUCACCAAAAAGAAGCGAGAGAUCUGUACCAACCCCAACAACGAAUGGGUGCAAGAGUACAUCAAGGAUCCCAAGAUUCCUUUGCGGCCCUCCAGGAAGUUGGUCUAGGUUAAUGUUAUUAGAUCAGAGAAAGAUCAACCCCAGAUCUUCAACUCCCCAUGGAGAUCAGGCCUCAGUGGGAGCCCAAGUUUGGGGGGGGAAAGGUAUAACCCUGUGAAAACACAGGCAGCCUUGUGGUCUGAAUCGUAGAGUAACAUUCAGAGACGCAGGGAAGUGAUCCAAAAAAGUAAUUUAAAAUGUUUCAAAUAUAUUCUCAAUUCUCUGGAGGAAAUGCCAAAGUUAAGGGAGGAGAGCAGGGGUACAUUCUUAAUGCACAGAAAAGCAUCUUUCACACCCUCCUCCGUGCUCUGCUUUCAGAUCCUCACCUCACUGCAACACACCAGCCAUCCUAAAUGAUCAUGUCCAGCUUCCAAACAGACAGACCACUUCUGGCCUCUCACUCAUUGAGACCCACAGAACUCUAGACUUUUCCUGUGCACCCUUAUCCCUUUUCUAGAUCUCUUUUUUUCUUCUAUUAUUCUUUUCUAAAAUAGUUGCCUACGAAACAACAGACAAAGGAUUAACCUCCAAAAUAUACAAGCAGCUCAUGCAGCUUCAUACCAAAAAAGCAAAUAACCCAAUCCACAAAUGGGCGGAAGACCUAAAUAGACAUUUCUCCAAAGAAGACAUACAGAUGGCCAACAAACACAUGAAAAGAUACUCAACAUCGCUAAUCAUCAGAGAAAUGCAAGUCAAAGCCACAAUGAGGUAUCACCUCACACCGAUCAGAAUGGCCAUCAUCACAAAAUCUGGAAACAACAAAUAUUAUUCUUUUCUUCUAUUCAUUUUUCUAUUAUUAUUCUAUUAUUUUAUGCUUCUUUUAAAACAUAACUUUUUUCUUAGCAGGGCAGGGUGGGAAUAUUCAAAUGCUAGUGAGUUUUGUCCCUGUUGCAGAGGCUUUGCU